AUGCCUAGACUAUAUAGGGACGAUAGUGAUGACGAUUUCAUGGACAGGGUCAAGCAGUUAGAUGAUGAAAGAAAUCAAUCCAAUGGUGGUCCUAGGAGAAAUAAUCCAUCCGGAGAUAGAUCGUUGCCUCCUCAGGAUGAUAAAGAGAGUUUACAAGUAGCCAGAAAGAUCUUGGAUGGUUCCUAUGUUGAAUCUGAUGAGUACAGGGCUGUUAUUGAUAGAUCUGUUGAUCAAUUGUCAAAAAAUGAUACAUCUUAUGAGUCUGCUUAUACAUAUGAACAAUCAAGAAAUUCUAAACAUAGGGAUAGUCGUUUAAGAAAUGAGGGAAUCAAGAAAGAUAAUUCCGAAAGUUCUAAGAAAUUCGUUGUUUCUGAAGAAGACUAUGAACUUUUGCAAAAGUUAAAAGCUGGCAAAGAUAUCGAGGAAUCAACAAGGGAAAAAUUACCCACAAGAGGUAAACCAAGAGGAUCAAGAAGGCUGGAUGAUCAGAAAUCUUAUCCAAAUUCUAAUUCAUAUCCUAAUUCGCAUCCCCAUUCUCAUCCCCGUUCUCAUCCCAAUUCUCAUUCACAACCUCAUUCACAUUCUGAUUCACACCCCCGUCGAUUGCCAAGAAAAGAUUUAUCGGAUGAUGAAGAAUUACCACCUGCAUUACCAGCCAGAAAGAAUACCAAAGAUGACAGCGAAAGUGAAGAUGAGCGACCACCACCAUUACCAGCAAAACCAAAACAUCAACAACAGGAACCGAAAAUCAGUGCAAGAGCUAAUAAUAUGAGAACUAGAGAAUCAAAUGUCGAUAAGUCUUUAAAAGUCGAAAGUGGAUCGAGACCUAGAGUCGAGUUUAAAACCGAAAGAAAUUUGAAUACUGAAAGGGAACUGCAAGUUGAAAGGGAGGUCAAAGCUGAUAAAAAGGAGGAAAAACCAGCACCACCACCGGUAGCCAGAAGGAAGCAACAGCAAAAUGUCGAAACUAAAGAUACUGUAUUAGAAAAUAACAAUACUAAACCUUUAAACCAAAGACUUGCGAAACCUUCUGCUCCUGCUCCUGCUCCUAUUCAUCGCAAUUCUGACAAACCAGUAGAUUUCAUCAACUCGUUAGAAAAGAACAAGUUGACAGUUUCAGAAGCACAAAGUUCCAAUUCAUCUUCUAAAAUACGAACACAACAUAUUGACUAUAUAGAUUCCAUGGAAAAAAGAAGGUCAGAUUCCGCUACCUCACUGGACAAAAAGGAUAAACCACCAAUUGGUAAAAAACCUUCUAUUGAUUUUUCCAAGAAGCCAAAGUCAAAUGGCUUCAUUGGUUCAGCAUUAAAUUCUAACACCAAAGAAGUUCCCCCAAAGACAAUAAAUAAACCUAUAAUCCUUCCUAAACCCAAAACGUUAAAAUCGCUACAAGUUAGUGAUAAUUCUAAAGAUAGUAUUACUGAGGAUGACGAGGACAUACCUCUUGAAGAAAAAUUGAAAAAGAUCGAAAGGAAAAAGCCUGUGGUUCCUUUGAAGAAGCCGGACUUAGAAAUUCCAAAAUUGAAACCUGUCGAGAAGACAAAACCAUCUGUACCUCAGAAGAAAGCCAACCUUGAUAUGCCAUCUUUGAAACAUGUUGAAGCAAAGCCAAAGCCUGCAAUUCCUCCUAAAAAAUCUAACAUCCAUACUUCUUCUUUAAAACACGUUGAAGAGAAAACCAAACCUACAAAGGAAGAUAACCCUUUAGACGCUGUUAAAUUAAAAAAAGCUUCAAUUUCAGAUUCAAGCGCCAGAAAGGCAUCUAUUCCUGAAGCAAUUCAAAAAUAUUCAUCUUUGAACAAAGCUAAGACACCUCCUGCUGUUGCACAGAGGAAGAUUUCAAUGCCUGAAGCACUUGUAAAGGCUCAAAAACUUAAGUCUGUGGAUGACAGAUCUGAUCUUGAGGAACCUGCAAGACCUCAAAGUCAUAGAGAUGAAUUAGAAAAUCUAUUUUCUGGCAAAAUUUCUAGGUUGAACUCAAGAGGGACUUCAUCAUCUUUUGAUUCAAUCAACAGUUCAGGGCCUAUCCGGAAUUUAAGCAGACAAGGAACAGAUAUAUCUAUAUCAUCUAAUGUAUCUGAAUAUAAUAGUGAUGCAAGCACUGCCAGUUCAUUAUCACAUCCUCAUAAAAGCAGGUCUCGUGGGCCAAAAAGAAGAUUACCUACAAAUAUGUCAUAA